GGAAUAAAUUAAAUUGCGGCGGUAUGGUACAGGAGAGAUAGAAGGGGGAAGAGCAAGAGUGAGAGAGAGAGAGGGAGGGAGAGAGAGAGAGAGAGGGAGCGAGAGAGUGCUGCGAAUGCCAUUCACACAUUUCCAUGCGCUGGGAGUCCAGGCACUGUCAGCAGCUUCAGCGGCUCUCCGUGCGCCUUGCAUGCGCCCCGAGCGCGCAACUCCAAUAAAGAGCAGCAAUGAGUUAAGAGGACGGCAGCUGCAGCGACGCUUCCACAUGCGGGAGCACAUUUGAGUCCCUGCUCGUGUUCUCAAAUAAUUUGCCCACCUGGAAGCUUUGACCCUGUGUGCUCUUGAAGCGGACUCAUUCCGCCUGAUUGGACCUACAGUUUCUCCAUGCGCGUCGUUUGGAAGCUCUCCGCUGGAAAUAUGCAGCUUUGAAAAAAAAAAAAAGAAGAAAGGAAAAGAGAGGAGCGCGCUCUGAGGAGGUUGGGUGUCAUCUUCUGUUUUGCUCAAGUUGCUCGGCCCCUAAUUGCACGUCUGUUUGCAUUUGUGGCGAUAAUCUUCAGUUGAGUCCUGUUUCCAAUGCCGCCCUGUGUGAGCGCCGAGGCGAACCAAACUUCACGGACCUAUCUGGGGAUUUUGCGGAGACUAAUUCCGACCAGCCACGGAGCACAAUACUUACAGAAUAAGGACUCAUCCAGAGUGGGUGGAGAAUGAAGAGUCACCGGGGCAGGGGGAAGCAGCAUGAGUGGCCCGUGCAUCUGCAUUAGACUGACGGCCCUCAUGUUUCUAUGGAAGUGGUUAACAUUAAGCCUGCUCCAGAGCUGGGUGUCAGAAGGGGCCUGGGCGGCGGACCCUGCAGGGGCCGGAUUCAGCGGCUCCACUGGGCCCCUGGGCUGGCUCCUGUCGGACAAGGGUCCCUUUCAUCACUCGCAGGAGUUUGUUGAUUUCACAGAGCGCUACCAGCAGGGAUUCACCACAAAGUACAAGAUAUACAGGGAGUUUGGCCGCUGGAAGGUGAACAGCUUGGCCCUGGAGAGACAAGAGAACAAUGGCUUUUCCUUGCCGCUGGACCCCGAGUUCCUCCAGACCAUUAGGCAGCUGGGCAGGAGGCCCAGUCUCGGUGCAAUCACUGACAACAUUAUCAGAAAAUACGGAACCCACUUUCUGCUCUCCGCUACACUGGGAGGGGAGGAGUCCUUAAUGAUCUUUGUGGACAAGCGGAAGUUGAGUCGUACAUCAGAAGUGGGUGAAUCCAAUGGCACAGCUGUGACUCUGGAAGCUCUGCACCAGCUGGCUGCCUCCUACUUCAUCGACAGGGAGAGCACCCUGCACAAGCUGCACCACAUCCAGAUCGCCUCCACUGCCAUCAAGGUGACCGAAACAAGGACGGGCCCUCUCGGAUGCAGUAACUAUGACAACCUCGAUUCUGUCAGCUCCGUUUUGGUUCAGAGCCCUGAAAACAAGAUUCAUUUGCAAGGCCUGCAGGCCAUACUGCCAGAGUACUUGAGAGCCAGGUUUGUGCAGGCAGCUCUCAGCUACAUUGGAUGUAACGAGGAGGGCCAGUUCGUGUGCCGAAACAAUGACUGCUGGUGCCAGUGUGCCGUGGACUACCCGCAGUGUAAUUGCCCCGAGGUGGAUCUAAAGGCGAUGGAAGCCAGUUUGCUGAAAAUCCGAGACUCCUGGAACAUGGCCAACCAAGACUUUGAGGAGUCAGAUGAGUUUCAAAACUUCGUCCGAAGGCUUCCCACAGUCUACGCCCUCAACAUGUCUGCCAUUCAGUACUUCUGGAAGACGGGGCCGAGCGUUCACCAGCGCUACAGACAGCUGGAGCUCGGCACGCAGCAGCUCCUGAGCAAAGCCCGACGCAUCGUCAACAAGCUCUUCACACUCAGCAAGAGGUGUCGAUCUCAGCCCAAAAUCAUUAUGCUGAGAGAGAGGCCCUUCAGCUACUGGUUGCACUACAUCCUCUCCAUCAUGUACUGCAGUGAGAACAACCACAUCGGCUCCUACCUGGAGGAGACCCGGAGCUGCUCCUGCCCCUAUGAGCACCCUCCCUGCCAGGGUGUCAUCCCCUGCACGGUAGGCGAGGGCACCUCCUGCGCCUCCUGCUCCUCUGAGAACCGCUCCCGCUGUGCCACCUGCAACCAGGGCUACAUGCUGAGCCAGGGCGUGUGCCGCAACGAGGUGCCCGACUCCACCGACCACUACAUCGGCUUCGAGACGGACCUGCAGGACAUGGAGCUGCGCUACCUCCUGCAGAAACGAGACAACCGCAUCAGCAUCCACGGGAUCUUUGUCAGCAACGACGUCAGACUGAAUAACUGGUUCGACCCGUCAUGGAGAAAGAGGAUGCUGCUGACGCUGAAGAGUAAUAAAUACAAGUCAAACCAUGUGCACAUGCUCCUGGGGAUGUCUCUGCAGAUCUGCCUUACCAAGAAUAGCACUCUGGACCCCCUGCUGUCGGUCUAUAUAAACCCAUUUGGGGGCAGCCACUCGGAGAGUUGGAUCAUGCCCAUUGAACAGAGCAACUACCCAGACUGGGAGAGGACUAAAUUAGACUUUCCCUAUGACUGCUAUAACUGGACUUUGACUUUGGGAAACAAGUGGAAAACUUUUUUUGAGACGGUCCACUUUUACCUGCGGAGCCGGAUUCGAGGGCCCUCGAGUAACGGCAAUGGAACCGUAUAUUAUGAACCUUUGGAGUACCUGGAACCGGGGCAGAAUCUGGGCUACAUGAAGAUCAACAGCAUCCAGGUGUAUGGCUACAGCAUGCACUUUGACCCGGAGGCGAUCCAGGACCUGAUUUUACAGCUGGACUACCCAUACACUCAGGGAUCGCAGGACUCGGCCCUGCUGCAGCUGCUGGAGAUCCGGGAUCGGGUCAACAGGCUCUCGCCACCCGGAGCUCAGCCUCUGGACCUGUUCUCCUGUCUGCUGCGGCACCGGCUCAAACUGUCUACCACAGACGUUGCCAGGAUCCAGGCGGCGCUGCAGACAUUCAGUGCCAAGCAGCCCAACUCGAUGGAAUACGAAACAACCAAAUUAUGUAGCUAAUAAGUGGGCGGGCGGCCAAGCGCACAGAUGGCAGAGCAGUUAUCACACAGACCUGAUGAUGGUUAAGAGCAAUUCUGGAUCCAUGCAGGGGACAUUUGGGGGACAUUUUCAUUGUCGAUAUGGAUCUCCAGAGUGCAUUUGAGAUCCUCAUGUCAGCUUUUCGUAUAAAUUUGUACAACAUUGUAGAAUUAAGGAGGAUUUCACCAAAUUGGCCUCAUAGCUUCUUUUUUUCCCCCUCUCUCUCUCCUGGUGAAAAUAAUAACUCUGACACUUAUAAUGGUAUACAUUUAAAUCUCUAGCACCUCUGAUAUGUUGCCAGUGUGCGUAUGUUUGUAGGUUGCACAAACUUGAUCACUCACAUACGUAAAUAAGAGCUUUUUUCUGAUGAAGUAAGCAAUGUAAUCAUCUGGCGAGUAUAACAUUUCAUCACCAGCAUGUUUUUUUUUCUGUUGUAUUUUAACCAUCACAUUUAUUUUCCUGGUGCAAAAAUACUCACACUCAACACAUUGGGUUCUUCUUUUACUCUCCGUGCGCUCCUUUAAACUCACACCUGUUUUUAAACUCUACUACACACUUUUGUAAGAAAAUAAGGAAAAAAAAAAGAUUUGACAAAUGUGGGUACAUAGAUGCUGUAAUACUCCAGAUUUGCUGAAAAAAAAAAAAAAACGACACCACAACCGCAAUCUAUGUUACAUGUGCUUUUAUUUUUAUAAUGCUGUUGUUUGUGAGACAAAAAGUUACAAAAAUACAAUGUAUAAUACAAUUUGUUAAUACACUAAAUAAAUACAUUUUUAUGUGUGGUCUAUA